CGGUAAAGUUUUCUUAAUUUCUUCGAUAUAGACAUGGAAAUAUUUUCGCAAGAAAAAGUUGAAAAGAAAACUAAAAUCUAAAAUUUGUAUAGAAUUAUCUCACUAUGUUUGCCUUCCCUUCCCCAGUUUCAACUUUGAAGCUAAUGAAAAUCAACGAACCGAAAGAUAAAAUUACACGUUUCUAGGGACCAAAUUGUAAUUCUACCACCACUUUCUAAAAAAAAGUCAUCCAAAAUAUCUCCCCGGCCCACCGACAUAUAAAUAGCGCAUUUCCCUUCGCGCCAUCACAUUUCAAAUGUUCACUCUCACAGACUCGAAACGUUCAACUGAAAGAGAAUUGCAAAAGACGAUCGCUUCGAGAUUCCUUCUCUAGAAACUUCUUCUCCUAUACAGUAUCUUUCUCAACACGAAAACUAAAAACUAAGUUCACAUAUCCAAUCGCAAUUCGAUUUUUCGAUUUCUAGGGUUUAUAUGAUCUACAAAGCAACAAAAAUGAACAUCGAACUGUUCCUACUUCGUGUAUGUAGGAAAUCUAAGUCCGCAGAGCUAAUCGCUUCGAUUUUUAGGGUUUAAAUCCGUGCUAUGUGAUCGAAAAAGCCACAAAAAUCAACAUCUAACAGUUCCUAUUUCGUGUAUGUGAGAAAGCUAAGUUUACAGAGCUAAUCGCUUCGAUUUUUUGAUUUCUAGGGUUUAUAUCCGUGCUAUGUGAUCGACUAAGGCAUAAAAAUCAACAUAUUAACUGUUCCUACAUUGUCUAUGUAGGAAAUCUAAGUUCGCAGAGCUAAUCACUUCGAUUUUUUGAUAAUAUCCUCGCUUUGUGAUCGACAAGGUCACAAAAAUCAACAUUGAACGGUUUCUACUUCGUGUAUGUAAGGGAAUUAGGAAAGUAUUUGUGUUUGAUUAGAGAAUGAGCAAAUUAUUAGGAUUAUCAGGCAUGAAAGGACUUGAUAACUUCAAAUCGCUGUCGAGAUCUGGUUUAGGAGCUGCAAAACCGAUGUCCAUAAGUACGCGCUCUGAUAUGGUUUCUACUGGAAGUUUUGCGAAUUUGAAGCUUACAGCAGAGAAAUUGGUGAAGGAGCAAGCUUCUGCUAAAACUGAUCUGCAAUUGGCGAGCUCUAAAUUGAAGAAGUUGACUGAAGAUGUUCGUAUGCUAGAAGAAAAGUUGCAAAAUGCAUACAAUGAAAAUGCUAAAUUGAAAGUAAAGCAGAAAGAAGACGAGAAGCUAUGGAAAGGACUGGAAUCUAAAUUUUCUUCAACAAAGACGUUGUGUGAUCAGCUAACUGAAACCUUACAGCACCUAGCUGGUGUGGUUCAGGAUGCUGAGAAAGACAAGGCAUCAUUUGAACAGAGACAAUCUGCAAGUUCUGUUGUUAUUGAUAACUUACAAGACAACAUGAAAGCCCUCUCUUUGAGGUUGGAAUCUUCUGAAGAAACUGUUAGAAAAUGUACAAGGGAGCUGAAUGAACUUGGUAACGAGAAGGAGAAAAUGGAGAACUAUUUCAGGGUUGAACAGAGCAAAAGUAGCAGGGUAAUUGAGGAGAAAGAUGCCAUGAUCAAGGAGUUUCAGGCUACCGUAGCAGUUAAUGGACUUGCAGUGGAGAAUUUGAAGUCUAAGUUGGAAGAAUUACAUCUCGAAUCAAGAAUAAAAGAAGAUGAACUGGAGGGCUUGAGAACUACCAAAAAGAAUUUGGAGGAAGAAAAGUGUGAUCUUGUAUCUAAAAAUAGAAACUUCGCAGAACAAUUAGAUACAUCACUUCAGGAGAUAAAGAACCUUAAUGAGUUUGUGAAUGAAAUGGUGGUAAAAUUUACUGAUUUGGAUAGUCAAAGUCUUGUCUUUGCGGAGAAGAUUAUUCAGCUUAAUGCUUUAUUUGACUCUGGUUUUGAAAUGAUGAGAGAGAAGGGGGAACUUGUGGCUCAGCAUGCUCAACAAAAGUUUGGCAAGCUCCUGGAUCAAUAUACAAGCAUUACAUCAGAGAAAAAUGCUCUACAGUUGGCUAAUAAGGACCUGAAGGAAAAGUUAUCUGCACUUCAGAAAGAGCAAGAACAUGCAAUGGUGCAGCACGCUGAAGAAUCCCGUUUAGCAGAAGAUCAAAUUAGAAAAUUAGAGUCUGAAGUAGAACUGCUUCUUUCCAAGAAGAUGGAGAUGGAAGGGCUGAUUAGCAAGUUGCAGGAGAAUAUUGUCACUUUAUCAGAAAAUUCAAAACUCUCAGAGAAUGAAAUGCAAAAUUUAUCAUUGAAACUCUCCGAGAUGGAAACAGAGAACAAAGAUCAUAUCAGAAAGCUUCAAUCAGACAUGCUGACAAAGGAAGAUGAAAUUCAUCACUUACGCAAGGAAAUUGACAACUACACAGGAACGGUUGAUUCACUGGAGAAGCAUGUUACAGAGAUUAACAAUAAAUUGGAGGAGAAAGAUCAGCUUGUUCAGGAACUUCAGGGCAGGGAGAAAGAGUGGGAAGCUGAGAGAGAAAAGAUUCAGGCAUCUUUGCUUGCUGCUGAAAGCAAGCUCGCAGAAUCUAAAAGGCAGUGUGAUCAAAUGUUAGAAAGCAAACAGCUAGAACUUUCUAGGAAUUUAAAGGAAUUAUCUCAGAAAAAUGAUCAGGCCAUCAGUGACAUCCGGAGGAGGUACGACUUGGAGAAGUUGGAAAGUAUCAAUCUAGAGAAGGAGAAGGCUGAAAAAAUUGUUGGAGAGAUGGAAAAGAAUUGUGAGUUAAAGCUGUUGGAAUGCAGAGAAGAAUCUAAGCAGAACUUGAAGCGUGUACAGGAAGAACAUGCUAAUUUGGUAUGUCAAAUUCAGCAGGAGCACAGCAAGAAGGAAAUGAGUCUUGUUGCCAGUCACAAUGAAGAGCUAAAACGUGCCCGUCUUCAGUAUGAAAAUGAAUUGAGAGAGAAAACAAAUUCAAUGAGGAAUGAGCAUGAAGCUCAGUUAAGAGCUCUGAGACUUGAGCAUGAGGAUGACUGCAGAAGACUGCAGGACGAGUUGGAUAUGCAGAAGUCUAAAGAGGAGAAACAGAGGGCUCUUUUGCAGUUGCAGUGGAAAGUAAUGGGAAAUAAUCCGGAAGAGGAAGAAGUGACUUCAAAGAAGAACUACUCUGGCUCGGUGACCAAAAGAAACCAACCUGAUAGUCACAAAAGGGGUCAGCUUGCACCUGAGAGAGCGGAAGCUAAGGAUGUGGAUUCACAUCAUCUGGUAGGAAGUCAAACACCUGUAUCAAAUUUGUUGAGGAAAGUGGAGCAAGUGAAUACAGGAAGUCUGGCCACACAUAGUAGGAAGGUGACCCAUCAUGCAUAUGAAGUUGAAACCACAAAUGGCAGAACAAUUACGAAACGAAGGAAAACAAAAAGCACAGUCAUGUUUGAUGAUCCAUCAAAGCACAAGAAGAGAAGGACACCAAAGGUUAAGACUCCCAGAGAGGUUAUCGGGGGUAUAAAAGGAGGAGGUCAUCCAAAACCUGCAAACAUAGGUGAUUUGUUCUCAGAAGGAUCUUUGAAUCCAUAUGCUGAUGAUCCGUAUGCAUUUGAUUAGAGGUGAAGAAGUACUACUCCAGAAUGCUUAUCUGAAGUGAACUGUGACCUGUAAAGAUUUGGCUGAUUCUUUGAUGGUAGGCAUAGAUUUGACUGUUUCCUAUAUAGAAAGGAAUUAUGUUUUUUUUUUUUUUUUUGUCGGGAAAAAAUGAAGUGUGUAUACCACUGCAAUUAGUAUGCGAAGAAACUGUGGGGGAAAUUACGUGAUUAGAGCUCGACUGGAGAGGAACUGCACCAGUGUAAAGUCACUAGCUGCGUAGAACUGCAUAUAUUUUUUGUUAUGUGCUUCGAAACUGUAUAAGCUUUAACUCUUGACCGUUGCCAAUCACUCAACUACCCCACUUUCUUGAGAUGUAAUUGGACAAUGUAUAGAAAGCAUCCUCGUUCGCGGUCACAAAUGCCUCUAUUGGAGUUGCACCAUUAAGAAAUAAAGAUACUUGGGACUUAAA